CUUUUUGUGCUGACUUUGGAGUCUCGCCUUAAAGCGGCUCUGGCACUGCUGUUGUACGACAGUCGCGGACGCUUUACGGCAGAGACUGUGGCUGUGAGGUGAUGCGAUUUGAUGCGUCUGCUGGAGGAGCGCUGAGGUUCUUCUGUCUGACGGUUCUGUUGGGUGUGUUGAUGCUGCCGGUGUUGCGGUGGAUGGGAUUGCGCGCGUUCUCCAUGGCAACACAAACAUACUCGUCUGGCACUCACUCGGCAGCCUUCGUCACCUGCCCGAACGACACGGUGGCCAAAGAGCUGGCCAGAGGAAUAGUGGAGAAGAAGCUGGCGGCGUGUGUAAACAUCGUACCGCAGAUCACAUCCGUGUACGAGUGGCAGGGGAAGAUCGAGGAGGACACUGAAGUUCUGCUGAUGAUUAAGACAAGAAGUUCAAAGAUUCCUGCUCUUGCUGAAUAUGUUCGGUCAAAUCACCCGUAUGAAGUGGCGGAGGUCAUCAGUUUACCCAUCGAUCAGGGAAACCCGCCGUAUCUGAAAUGGAUCGGAGACGUUGUGCCGGAAUGAGCAGCGCUUCAGACUUUAACACAGAAACUGGGAUUACAGCUUAUGUUGUCUUCAUUUGACUGCUGUUUUUUUUACCCACCACAAACUUACUUUGCAACAGCAGGAAGUGAAUAUAAAGGACUGUGAACCGUUUAUGUUAUAAAUGAGUUGCAUUUGAUAUAACAGGCGACUCAAGCACAGUCUGAUCAGUUCUGUAUUAAAAUGUAAAAAUAAGCAAAA